AUGUCCGGUAAAGACCUAAUAUGUGGUGGGAGCAUCAUUAAUAACCGAUCAAAUCGUACUAUAUUAUUUUACAGUCGAGAACCUGAAGAUUUGUUAGUUGUUGUUGGAACCGAUUCUGAAUUGUAUUGUGGCGUUACACAUUUAGUAGAAGAAGUUCAGUGGGAUUUCAUGUACACGCGACACCUCGUAAGCGCCAUCGCUUUAUUACGCGUAGUCGAAGACAUUAAAUUCAGCAGUGCAAUUCAACCGAUUACACUUUCAUCCAGUACUAAUUUUCCUGUAGGAAAAACGGCUACUGUAAUUGGGUGGGACGCAGAUAUGUGUAUGGCCGGAGAAAAGGAGCUGGAAAUCAUACCGCAAGAAAACUGUACUGAGCUAUACACAAUAUGUAUUUGGGAUAAAAUAGACCCAUUGUUUAGCGUCCCCUGUUAUAAUUUGCUUGGCAAUCCCUUGACUUUGAAUUCCAUACAAAUUGGAAUUAUUAGUGAUAAUACAACAUGUUCUUUUUCUCGCAACUCUUACACUAUGGUAGGACUGCAUAUAGAUUGGAUAAAAGAGAAUGCAGGACGCAUUACAGUCUCUGCUGGAAAUCAAGUGUACCCAAAUACAUGGAUUGUAUUGUCGCAUGCAAUAUUGAUGCUUCUGUCAUAUUCAUAUUCGCGAUUGUAA